AUGACUGACGUGGCAAAAGGAUGGACUGUUCCACCUACGGGAUCCCAGUUUAGUGCUGAAACUACAUGUGAAUACGUACUCACCGGGACAGAAGGGAAGACAUACCAGCUACAAUUCCAAAGCUUCACUGUGGGUGCGAGUGCGGAUAAUUGCGAUAAAUCUUACCUGCAAAUCAGCAACGAUGCAGCGUAUAGCGAGCAGCCGCCGAACAAAUUCUGCGGUCCAAAUCCGCCGGCAAAUGUGCCAAUGUCAACAGGUCACGUUUUGUAUGUGAAACUGGUGGUCGGACCGGAUAGUCCAGACCAAGUAUCCUUUAAAGCUACUGUGAAAGAAGAAGCACCUAUUGCGGGAGACAAAUGCGGCACGAAAGCGCUGUCUAUGACUGACGUGGCAAAAGGAUGGACUGUUCCACCUACGGGAUCCCAGUUUAGUGCUGAAACUACAUGUGAAUACGUACUCACCGGGACAGAAGGGAAGACAUACCAGCUACAAUUCCAAAGCUUCACUGUGGGUGCGAGUGCGGAUAAUUGCGAUAAAUCUUACCUGCAAAUCAGCAACGAUGCAGCGUAUAGCGAGCAGCCGCCGAACAAAUUCUGCGGUCCAAAUCCGCCGGCAAAUGUGCCAAUGUCAACAGGUCACGUUUUGUAUGUGAAACUGGUGGUCGGACCGGAUAGUCCAGACCAAGUAUCCUUUAAAGCUACUGUGAAAGAAGAAUCAUCUGGUGCAGGAGACAAAUGUGGUACCAAGGCACUAACUAUGGCUGAUGUGGCAAAGGGAUGGACUGUUCCAACAACAGGAACCCAGUUUGAUGCUUCAACCAUAUGUGAAUACGUGCUCACCGGUACAGAAGGGAAAACGUAUGAGCUAGUAUUCAGUAACUUCACUGUGGGUGCUAGUGCGGAUAAUUGCGAUAAAUCUUAUCUGCAAAUCAGCAACGAUGCGGCAUACAGUGAGCAGACGCCAAUCAAAUUCUGCGGUCCAACUCCGCCGGCAAAUGUGCCAUCGUCAACUGGUCACAUUUUGUAUGUGAAAUUGGUGGUCGGAGCGGAUAGUCCAGAAAAAGUCACGUUUUCAGCCAUUGCCAAAGAAAGAUUCACACAAUCUGAUGGCGUUUCCGUUCGCGUUUGCUAA